UUGGCCAACCUAUCAUAUUUUCAUAUCCAUUAUUUAAAAAAUAAAACCAUCAUCGUCGUCGUUCAACUCUAUUUAGUUCCGUCGAUUUAGUUUUCAAUUCAAAGACAGAGCUUCAAAAAUCCCAACAAUGGAAGUUCAAAUUCUCACCAAAGAAAUCAUUAAACCUUCCUCUCCAACCCCUUCUCAUCUUCACCGUUUCAACAUCUCUCUGCUCGACCAGCUCUCCACCGCCGGUUACGUCCCUGUCAUUCUCUUUUUCCCCAAUUCCAAUGGAGCAACGCCUUUCAACGAAAGAUCCGACCGUCUGAAGAAGUCACUGGCGGAGAUUCUGACUCGAUUUUACCCACUCGCCGGCCGUCCCAGAGAGAAUAGCUACAUCGAUUGUAACGACGACGGCGCUGAGUAUGUUGAAGCUCGAACCAAUUGUGUUCUCUCCGAUUUUCUUAAGGAACCCACGCCGGAACUCCUCGCUCAGUUUCUUCCAAUUAAAACCGAAGCCCCCGAGGCCGCCGACGGCGGACGCAUGCUCUUAGUUCAGGUGACAUUAUUCGAAUGCGGAGGAAUGGCAAUGGGCAUAAGCUUCUCUCACAAACUAGUCGACGCAUCCUCCAUAAGCGUAAUCUUAAAAAGCUGGUCAGCGGCGGCGCUAGGCUCCGACAUGGUGGAGCCAGAGUUUCUUCAAACAUCUUUGGUACCAUCGCCGGAGGGAAUCCCAAUCGCCGCCCCACCAACAGACUUAGGCGGCAAAGUCAAAUGCAGUAGCCGAAGGUUAGUUUUCAACGCCCAAAGUAUCGCCGAUCUAAAAUCCAAAGCCGCAAGUGACAUCACACCGAACCCAACCCGUGUGGAGGUCGUAACGGCUCUCAUUUGGAAAUGCGCAAUGAAAGCACAAGCAUCAACAACUCGAAAAACGACGUCGCCUUCCCCAAAUCUCUCCGUCAUGUCCCAAACCGUAAAUUUACGCAAAAGACUAACCCCACCGUCGCCGGAAUAUUCGAUCGGGAACCUCGUCGGCAACUUCGUCACCGACGCAAUUCCGGCGUGGGAAAAAGAUUUGAAGGGACUCGUGGAGUUACUGAGAGAUGGGGUUAGAGAAUUUAAUAAAAAUGGGAUUAAAAGAUACGAAGGGAAAGAUUGUUUUACGAAGAUAUUUGAAUGGCUCCAACAAAGUGGGGGUUUGUUUAUGAGAGAGGACGUGGCUUUUUAUAUUAGUAGUAGUUGGACCCGAUUCGGUUUGUACGAGAUGGAUUUUGGGUGGGGCAAGCCGGGUUGGGUCAGCAUUGGGAGUAUUAUGUUUUUGAAUUUUGUGGUUCUUAUGGACACUAAAGAUGGGGAAGGAAUUGAAGCUUGGGUCACUUUGAAAGAAGAUGAAAUGACUUUUUUUCAAAGUGAUGAUGAGUUGCUUUCUUUUGCUUCUAUAAACCCUAGUGUCUUAAAUUGAGUAUAUUUCUCGUUUUAAUAAAAUUUGAGUUGUGUGUUGUUUAAA